AAACGACGGCGGCGGAGACUAACCACUGCUACGGACGACAAUCAAGGGGAAACGAAGGAGACAACAACCGUGUCGUACGAUCAACCGUCGUCAUUGAUAAGUAGAUUUCAAACGGUUUCUUUUUGUUGCAUGUUAUAGAUCUAGGGUUUAGGGUCGUUUAGAGCUCCGAUUGCUUCUUUUUUUAUUUUUAGGUUUUGACGGAGGGAGAGUGAGGGGCGAUCCAUCGGCGGCGAGCCACGUUUUGCAGGUUUAGGGUAAAAAAAACUCACAGGUGAAACUCUUUCCAAAUC